GCCACAAUUUACAGCUUUUCGAAAAUAUGACUUUGCUCACGUUCAAGGGGAUUUUUUCUUUUUUAAAUCGAAUUCAAUAUAAAAGUGCGUGUAGGGAAUGGAAAGUUCCUUUUGAUUGCUGCAGUAAUUGUUAUUAAAAUGCGUUGAACAAAAUCUCAGCCCUGAAACUGCAUGGCUGAAAAGUCCCACUGCAGUCCUGGCUCAGUUUAUCCUCGGGCAGAGAAUGAUGGGUGUUCCAAUGCUGCUCUCUACUGCUCUUAAAAAGCCAGUGCAGGGGUAUAUAUAUAAAAAAAAAAAACUUCCCACAAAAACCCAACCCACCCUAAUGUUGCAAGAAUUUGCUGACGUGUUGAUAUAGAAGAGUAGCGAGCUUGCCCAGAUCAGUCUGUCGCUUGCAUAUGCCGGGACGUCAUGGCCUUUAGGUUGUUUGAAGAAAGUGACCAUGUGGCGGCCUACCUGCAGUAUCGAGUGACCCCUUAUGAACUCAUUGACAAGAUUAUGGACUUCAUGGGACCAAAGAUGCAAAACAAGUUCAAUCUUGCAGUGGAUGUCGGCUGUGGGAACGGGAAGGGAACCGUACUCUUGGCUCCGUUCUUCAAGCAGGUCGUUGGAACAGAUGUGAGCCCCGGCCAACUGGAGCUGGCUCGGGCCAAUAGCACUUCCCCGAAUGUCUCGUACAGGCAGAGUCCCGCUGAAGAACUGCCGUUUGAGUCCGGCCAGGUGGACCUCGUGACGGCCAUGACGGCAGCCCAUUGGUUUGAUCGGCCUCGGUUCCUGAAGGAGGCUGAGCGGGUCCUGAAGCCCAACGGCUGCCUGGCCCUGCUGAGUUACACCAUGGACAUGGAGCUGGAGUACGGCGACGCCACCAGCGCACUUAACAACAUCUGCAAAGAGUUUUAUGCAGCUCUGCUCCCCUACAAAAAUCCUUGUCUGGGCACUUGUUCUUCACAAACCUACUUGGACAUGUUUGACUCCUGCCCCUUUCCGGACAAAGAGUGGAACGGCUGUCAAAAAAUUUACAGGACGGCGACAGUAAACGGUUACAUUGGUUUGGUAGAAACAUUUACUAGUUACCAGAAAAUGAAGAGCCAGGAUCCCACGGAGGCCAAGCGUCUCUCUGAUGACAUCAGAAACAAGCUGAUGGCUGCCAUGCAGGUGUCCUCGCCAGACGUGGAGCUCACCAUUGUGAGCAAGUAUUUCUACAUUCUGGCACGGAAACCAUAAUCCUUUUGUAUUAUGGAAAUUUAAAUACUAUAAACCAAGGAUCACUAUUGUGGUUAGACUGAAAAGAGUUGCCGAAGAAAAUGCCCCUCAGCCUGCCUACCUUUGAAUAAAGCUAAAGCUAGAGCUAAACAAAAAAAAACCAUGAAGGCUGUUUUUUUUUUGUAUUUUUUUGAUUGGCAUCCUUCAAAUGAUGCUAUACAUAUUUAAAUAUUUUUUCAUUUUAUCCUUUAUCCCUUUGCAGAUUUACAAAUGGAAUUUUCCCCCUCUCAAGUAAAUUACAGCGCCCUCUAGUGUUCAUGGUGAAUACUAACGCUAAUUUUACGCGUUUCUCCGUAAAAUCCACUAGAUGGUAGCAGAGGAAAGCGCACGAUUUACAUAUUUGGUGGCUCCAUCGUCCAGCAACUCGACCUUAAGAUUGACUGGAGCCACACCGGCCGGCUCUGUCAUGUUCCAUUCAUCACAUAUGAACAUUAAUUUACUGCGCAGACUCUAGUGAAAACUCAACUCAAAUAAAUAUUAGAAUACG